AUGUGGGUGCCCCAGCUGGCUGACACUGCCCCAAGAACGUUCGUGUCGGCGUUCACCGUGCUCUGCGGGGCCCGCACCGACCUCCCUGACCGGCACAUGUGCUGCGUCUUCUGGCUGAACAUCGCUGCUGCCCUCAUCCAGAUCCUGACAGCCAUCGUCAUGGUGGGCUGGAUCAUGAGUAUAUUUUGGGGCAUGGACAUGGUCAUUCUUGCAAUCUCACAAGGCUACAAGGAACAGGGGAUCCCACAGCAGCUGUAGUAGCUGGGACAAGUAUGGUCAGAGAAACACGGCGAGAGAUUUCCUUUGGCAGCCGUGGGCCACGGACCUUUUCAUUACCCUUUGUCUCUCUUCUUCUCCCUUUUGUUUUGUCUCCUUGUGUCUGCCCGGUUCACCUGCCCGUCCAGCGGAGCGGAGAUGCAGAGCGGCCGGCGCAGACUUGCACUGAUGCCCCUGAGCAGCGGAGAUGAGGCAAGCACGGCUUUGCUUGGGACUGGUCCCGGCCAGCACGCGGUGAGCGGCCGACGAGGAGGACGAGGGUGCCAGGACAAGGAAGCACCCUUGGUGAAUGUGGCACCUGGGCAGGCAGCUGAACCAAGGGAGGGAGAGAUGCUGCUUUCCCUCUGCUCCCAGUGGGAGGUCGCUGAAAACGUUUUGCCUCCUUUUUAUGCUCGCUGUUAAAGGACACUGGCUGUGAACAUCAAAUGCCAAGGAGCUAUUCAUAGAUAUUUGUACAGGAUGUAAAAGCAAACCAGUGGUACUCUUUUCCUACCCCGAGAUUCCAUCCGUGACUGCUUUGCAGUAGUGGAGGGAUGCAGCCCAGCCCCUUCUGCUGUCUGUGUAUAUGUGAUGUUCACUGAAGCUGUGUCCCCACAGAUGUCUUGAGAAACGUGCUUGCUGUAAAUCGUAUUGUACCGCUGAAGUGACUGGGGCCACCCCCUGCUUCCAUCCGCUGCCACCACGCAAAGACCAGAGCUCCCAGCAGCCCAGGGACACUUUUCCUAGCACAGGACUGGUGCCCUGUAGCACCUCGCCGGCAGGGCAGCGAGUACAGCCUCGUGCUGCCAAAAGCCUCUCACAUAAAACAAUACUGGGGGAGCCAAAGAACAAGACUUUUCCUGCCCCUGAAAGGGACUUGCUGGCAGUGUCUCCAUGCUUUGGAAACAGAUCCCCUCAGAGCACAAUGAGUGCCCCUGGCUGAAGCAGCAUCCCAGAUCUGCUUCCCCAGGGUAAAAUUAACCACCCAGCGCUUUCACACCUCUUUCUGAAGCAUUGCAGAGAGGAUGACACCUCCAUGGGGCUGGACAACUCGCUUCCCUCCCGUGGGAGCUGUGCUGUAGCCGCUGCUGUGGACCAGCCCUGCCUCCUCACCAGCACAGCCCGAGGGCACAGCCUGAGCCCUUCCUCUGGUCCAACGUGCAUGGCCCCCAGCUAUCCCACCACCAUCACCUGCUUUGUGAAUGUACAUGUUUGACAUGCCAGUUUUACAGCUAAAGAGUGAUAGUGGGUAACGAAGAAUAAACGCAGUUGCUUCACCCCCAUCUGCCAGCAACACAGAACUUUCUGCUGCUCCUCUCUGAUUGUGAAAACCAGGUUUCUUGAAAAAAAACAAAACAAAACAAAAAGAAAACCAAAAACCAAAACAAAGAAAGGGCUUUAAGGAAAUAGUUUUUUGGUACUUGAACCCAGCCAGGCUGAACAACUGAUUUACUACUCAUUGGAAAGCAAUUCUAGGUAGGAACCAACCCAAAUGUGUAGCCAGUCAAAAACCAGCUUCAUUCUGGGUCAGCCCAACCUUUGCAGUGCAGGGCACAGUACCAUUUUUCCAAGUUCAUUGGUGUUGCCAAAUCCAUAUUUACCAUGGAGAAGGUGCUUUGGCAGGUGACCCCCACCCCCCCAGCCUUUUGCCUGGUUGUCCAUCCUUGCUGCAGGGGCUUGGCAUCGCUCUCAGCCAUGGCACUCAGCCAGUAAGGUCAGUGGGGCUCUGUACUGGGAGCAGCUCUGGCACACACACCCAUGGGGUCAGAAGUGUUAGAUGUGAGAGGGGACUCCCUCUGUGCCACAUCCCGUGCUUCCCAAGACACAAAGCUGCAUGUUCCUCCCCAUGUGCAUUGACUGGCACACAUCUUAUUAAAGUUCUGUUGGAAAUUGCCCCUUAAGUCCCGCUAUGAGUGCUGUGCUGAGCUCUGUGGACAGGAAGCUAAAGCUCACAAUCCCAGUAUUCUUCAGAGGACCAUUUUAUUCCUUGCCUCCUGCUUGUUCUGGGCUGACCCUGCAGUUCACACACAUACAUACACUCCAGCCAGGGUGCAUUUUAUUGCUACCCAGCCCAAACUGCAUCCACUGCAAGAUACUACCAAGAGUUCCUUGACAUCUAAACCCCAGGUACAGGGAGACCCUGGCUAGAUCUGACAUUCCUCCAGGAAAAAGCAAGGUCUUCUCCCACAUGCUUGCUAACCAUGGUGUGGAAACACAGCCCUGUAUUUUCCAGCUGACUUUGUUUCACGCUCACACACACAAUGAACUUGGAAGCAGUGCUGCAAUUUAUUUCCCAAACUGGCACUCAGCAUUCACAUCCCCCUGUGGGAGCAGCAUGGUGCAAAACCCCAGGUCACAGUGGCACCAUCUGAACCAGGGUUAAUUACAGUGUAUCCCACCAGAGUUUAUGCUACCCACAACCCAUCCUUCCUCCUCGUGUCAUCUAUAUAAAUAACAAAGCCAGGCUAAAAGUCAAGUCCUGCUUCUCUUGCACCCACCCAUCUGGCCAGAGGGAAGCAACAAUGCCCUGUCCCCACUGCUGGAAUGGUGCAGUGGGAAGUGAAGGUUUUGUUCAGGCUCUAAGAAUGGCAAAGGCCAGAGUAGCUCAAUCCAUUUCCCAGCUCUGAGAAUGCUUUCAACAGGCAGGUGAAAAGGAAUGGCACAUUUUGGCCCAGGAUCAAAACAGGGGCUCACCUCUACCAGCAUUGCCUGGAGCUAAUGGCAGUGCUCGCCCAGACACCCAGCAAACAAUCCUACCCUGACCCACACCCCUCCUUCACCCACCACACACUGACACAGGCACUGUUCCCAAGGCUGGGAGGGAAUGGCUGGCUCAAAUCUGUGUUCUCCUUGGUUUUGGCCAUGCAUGGGUACAUCAGACUUUCCACCCUAGAAAGGAGGGAGCAGGGGCCUGCCCACCUGUGCCAUUUGCACCUUGCUGGUGAGCCCACCUUUCAUUUUCGUACUGAAGCCCAAACUGAGGGGUUGCAGAGGACCAUUUGUAUGCCUGUUUAUAUCACUGAGUAUUGGAUUGUGACUUCUUGUGUUUUGAUACUGUGGAUAUUUUUUUUUAAAGUUAAAUAUAUUCUAUUGCUGGACAGCUGGA